AUGAGCACAGGACCCGCAAGUACCCUAUUGGGCUUAGCCACUACAUACGUAGAUAAUGGCAAGUUUGCGGACGCUGCAGCUCUCUAUAGCGCGGCUCUUAUGGCUCCGGAAGCAGGAAAGCUAAGUCAGCAGGAUCCCUGGGGAAAUGUGAAGAUUCCGAUCUUGAAUCCGUCAAACCUAUCCAGCCCGAUGACCGGACAAUGGCAAGAUGUGAAGUCCUUAAUUCAAACACCCGAAGCCUACAGCUCCUUAGUAGGCCUACCUGUGGUUGGUCUCCCACUCAAUGAGAGUUCAAGCUUCAUUAUCGAGACGACUUAUCUUGUGGUCGACUGCGAGCCUUUCAAAAAGUCGCCAUAUCCGAGCAAUAUCACGUCGCAGAUACAAAGGACCAAUUAUACACGAUUGGAGGAACUGGUUCCUGGUCAGGUCUGGUCGGAUAAGUCCAUCAAGAACGACCCUUUCAAACCCCAGGAACGCAUUACAUCGUUCUUCAUCGACACCGAUCGAUCUACUUAUGGUAGCACAAAUGACACAGAAGGGGUAUUGACUGCACGCUUGGACGCGUUCCUUGGAAACCAAAAUACUACCAUUCUGCGCAACGGUAACGAUACAGUUCGCGAGCCCCGAAAGCUGCUUUUCGCUUCGGUGUAUCCGAGAGGCGACAAGGAAGAUGGUCAAUUCGACCUCAAUGUCGCACAUUGCUUGGUAUCUCAAGCCCACGUAGAAGUCGGUGUUCGUUGCCAAGGGACUUUAAUAACCUACGGACUCGCUCAAAACUUUCCACUUGCUGUUGCGACCGGCGUCCUUGCCUCCACCGCAACGGAACGCUUUCUGGCCAACAGCUCCUCGUACCCUUUUGUUCAGAAUGCCUUUUCGAAAGCUAGGGAGUCUUACGUUGAUCUUUCAGCGGUUCCUAAGGAGGCGUUCUCGAGUAGACUAGGCCUGCUUCUGAACACUUAUUACCAGCUGAGCACACAGCCCUUAGGGUAUUUUGGAAGUUUAUCUCGAAAUCUCUCCUUGUAUGGACCCGAUGUCCUGCCGGCCACCGAUGUUGAUGCAUAUCUACCAGCUAAUCUAUCAAGCGUCAACAUGACGUUUCUGGAUCUGUGGAGUUCGUUCGAGGCUCGCGUCCAGGACAAUCAGGCUCCUUUCAUCGGUGCCACGACGACGGCGAACGUAACGACAACCGAAGAGGUAUUUGUCUGUAACUUCGCCUGGCUUUCGCUCCUGCUCGCUGCUUCGAACGUCAUACUUAUCACCGGUAUCGUUGCAUUGAUAUUGAAGCGGAUGACACUCGGCCCUGAGUUCUUCGGCCCGGUCGCUAGCAUGACGUACGAAAAUCCAUUCGUCAAAAUACCGGAGGGCGGAAGUACGCUGGAUGCCAUGGAAAGAGCGAGGAUCAUGCGAGACGUCGAAGUGUACGUGGCUGAUGUUGCAGGCGAGAAAGAUGUUGGUCACGUCGCCUUCGCCGCUGGUGUGCCUCUGCGGAAGUUGGAGCGUAGCAGGACGUACGCGUGA